GGGGGGGGGGGGGGGGGUUCUUGCUGAAAGUGAUAUAGAAGCAAUCAGUCCCUUCAGUAAAUGUUGGUCUUGUUUGUGCUGCCAAAGUCUUUAACACCAGUGGAAGAGCUGAGAGUCUUGUGAAACUGCUUAGAGGAAAUGGGAUUAUUAUUAUUUUGUCCAUUAUGUAUAAUAAGUGUAAAUAUUUUUCCGAGACCGCAGGGGUUUUUCUUUUCUAGUAGUGGGGAUUGGCUUUUAUGUAAUGUGUCACCAUUCUGUAUCUGUCUGUCUCGUCCUAUUCAUGUGUACUUACUGUUUUUUUCCUUCUUUAGCUGGUUUAUUUCUCGCCACCCUUUCUCUUUCUCUGGCUGUGACUAUAUUGCAGAAAGCAGGAUUAACAAGUUGUCUUAGUUGACAUUGUUUAUUUAAGUCGAAGAAUAUCGUCCCUGAAGAUCGGAACUGGAGAUACUCGUAAAAUGUGUGCUGAGGAAUGCAGGAGGGCGCAGAAGACUGCUGGUCCUGCGUGUGCUGACCGCUCUCAUCCGAGAGAGAGAGAGAGAGAGAGAGACCAGUUUUGAUGAUGUACAACACAUGCUUGAUUUCCUUUUUAAUCUUCUACCUCAAGAUUGUGGGUUUUUUUACUUUAAAGAGUUUGUAUCCCUUUUUACUCCUGGUAAAUGAUUUUUGAAGUAUCAGUUUUCUCUAAAUCGUUUGAUGAUAUGGAUGCCUUAAGUUGAUUAUGAGGAAGGAUUCUUGGAUAUUUAUUAUGUGUUUGUGAAAAUCAAAAAGGCUGUUUUGUGUAAAAACAACAAAAAUUGUGAAUGCAUCUCUGUUGUGUGUGAGUUUGAGAGUGUUUCCCGUUCCAGUGCUUGUGUUACUGAUGGGGCAAAUCUUUUUUUCAGAGGAAAACACAGACUUUUCACACCCUAAUGCCAAGGAGAUGCAGAUCAACCUGACGGGUUUCCUCAACGGUAAGAACGCCAGGACGUUCCUCAGCGAGCUGUGGGAGCAUCUGUGCAGUGCCCAGGAGAACGUCACUGGCAUCCCCAAUCAGUUCCUGGAACAGAAAAAGAACGAGAUCAAACAGAGACAGGAAGAACAGGAGCGAAUACAAGAGGCUCUGAAGGAGAAGGAGGAACAAAUCAAAGAGCAGCUGGCUAAAGAGAGGAGAGAGUUGGAGAAACAGCUGGAGAAAGAAAGACUUGAGGCUGAGAAAAAAAGUGUAAACGGCACAAGUGAAAAGGAAGAAGUGAAAGAUGGGAAACCAGUGGCAGAAGAAGGGGAUAGCGCAGCUGGUGCCAAAGUGGACGAGGCUGAGAUGAAGAAAGAGCCUGCCGAUGAGAAUGAACAAAAUCAGUCUACAGAUGUCAUAAAAGAAGAGAAGGCUGAAAAAGACAAGGCAUCUCCACACAAAGAGAAAACCCGAGACAGAACCCCUGAGAAGAAGAGAGACAGGUUCAGGAGGUCGCGGACUCCAGACAGGCGUCGCAAAGGAAGGUCCAGGUCACCUGACAGGCGAGAUCCUCCUGGGAAAGUAAGGUCUGGGUUUGGUCGCAGCCGGUACUCACCCGCUCCGGGAAGGAGAAGAUCUAGGUCACCUCGAAGGUCGCGGUCUCCAAGACGACGGUCUCCGUCUCCUCGCCGCAGGUCACCUCCAGGCAGACGCAGGAGUCCGAUCAGGCGAUCACCUUCUCCACCACCCAGGAGGAAGUCAAGGUCCCCUCGUCGCAGCUCAGACAGAAAGAAAAAACCUCCUCCCAGAUCAAGCUCAGAGGACAGUUCCACUUCUUCAGAAGGUGAUGAGAAACCACGGGGAAGAUCAAAGGGAGGAAAUGACGAUGGAUCUUCUCCAGAGAAGAGUGGUGUCCAGAACAGACGCAAUUACCGAAAACAUGAUGAAGGGAGUGGGAACGAAUCAUCUUCAUCGUCGGGAGGUUCCUCAGACGACGAUCGCCUGUCACCUCCACCUGUCAAUGGUCGGAGAAGAGAAAGGGAAAGGCGCAGAACUCCGUCACCAUUUGUCCGGCGGCAUAGGACACCAGACGGAAGACGCCGCAGCCCUCCCAGGCGGUUUUCUCCAGUGCGCAGAAGGAGAAGUCCAUCACCACGACGCCGUUCACCUCCCAGAUUUUCUCCUCCAAGGCGCCGAGGCGGCAGCCCUCCCCGCAGACGAAGUCCGUCCCCACCUCCUCGACGCCGUAUGUCCAGCUCACCAGGAAGACAGUUGUCUCCCCUGCCUCGCAAGGGUCGCAAGUAUUCCUCCCGGACGCCCUCCCCUCCCCCCAGAAAGCGGCGCCACUCCCCAGCGUCUGUUUCUCCCCCUCCCGUGAAGUCCAAGAAGAAACCGUCUCCUUCUGGAUCGGACUCGGAAGACGACGCAAGUUCCUCCGGCUCUGAGCGAGAACCGACGCCGCCUGGCACAGACCGGCCAGCCUCCAAGGGGAAAGAGGGGAGAAGGGGGCAUCCUCCCAAGGGGCCCGCACCCAAAAGUGCAACGUCGAAGAAGAAAGAAGAGGAAGAAGAAGACGAAUCCUCCUCGUCCGACUCUGACAGUGAAGACGAGUCUGAGGAGGAGUCUGGCACUCCCCCACCUCCCCCUAAGAAGAAGCAGAAGGCCGCCUCACCUCCUCCCCAACAGAGGAAGAGGACGGCCUCGCCUGCAGAUGGUGCUGGCAAAAGGCCGACCAGGCGGUCCCGCUCACCAGACAAGUCUCGGAGAACGUCGGAUCAGAGCCCGGGUAGAGGCAGCAAGUCCCGCAGCAGCAGAUUGUCUCCCCCUCCGCGCCGCAGCAGGAAGGACACAGAAUCGUCUUAUGACGGUGAACCUCCGAGGAAGGAGAAAGACAAACAGCGGGUGAGCGAGUCGCCGCGUGCGAGGAAGGAGAAGCAGACCAGAUCGCCUUCGCCGAGACCCAGGUCCGCGAGAAAGUCCCGGUCUCCGGUCUCAAGGAGAAACCCUUCCCCUCCCCCCACCAACAAAAAGUCUUCAUCGUCGGGCCGGCGCAGUCCCUUGGGGCCGGAGAAACCAACCCGCCCCCCACCCGCCCACUCAGGCAGCAGCAGCGGCAGCGAGGAUAGCUCGGACAAUGAAGAUGAAGCUCCUAAAAUGGGAGCCAGCUCCUCCGGCAAGAUGGCUCCAUCCCGCAGCAAGUGGAGCCGGAGCCCCAGCCCGGGCCCGGCUAAGAAGCGAGGGAGAGAUUCCCCACGCAGCCCCACCCCACGCUCACGUCUGCCCCCAGCAGCGUCCUCUGACGACCACCGGUCCCCCGAUGGUCAGGACAGAAACCGUCGUACCGGUAGUCCCGGCAGCCCGGCCGGUGGUCGCAGUCGGCCAAAGGCGAGAGACGGGCGGGACGAGGGGAAAAACCCGGACAGGCCUUCUCGAGAUUCCAGGGAGUCGCGGAGAAGAAAGUCGGUCAGUCCCGGGCGGGAUGGGAAGGAGGGAAAAGAGCAACAGCGGUCGGAGGGUAGGAAGGAUGCUCAGAGCAAGAUGCGGGACAGAGGGGAUGAAUCUCCUGCCCGGCCCGUGAGGAAGAGCAAAGAGAAACCAGUGCAGUCAGGCAGUAACAGUGACUCGGAGUCUGAUUCUGAGGGAUCCAAGAAAAAGAAAAAGAAGAAGGACAAGAAACACAAGAAGCACAGGAAACACAAGAAACAUAAGCACAGGAAGGAAGGAGGAGACUUUGAGAGCAAUGAGAAGGGUGAAGACCUGGAGCGCCGUCUGAGGGAGAAAGCGUUGCAGUCGAUGAGGGCCAAGGUAGCCCCACCUAGCACAGGCAGCAAGUCCAGCGACAGUGACAGCAGCAGCGGCUCAGAGUCCUCGGCGAAAGCCUGAUCUGUCGUUUCCACAGGUCACGGUCAUAACACACUUGCCAAAGUCAAUUUUUGUUUGUUUGAGAAAACUUAAAUAAAACAGUGUUUCCCUUAAAGUCAACCCUAUGACUUGAGCCAAAGGGGAAAUGUCUCAGUAAUUGGGUGUUGAAGUUCACCAUACAAAACCCUGCUAUGUAGAGUAUGUUAGAAAGGUAACAAGCAUUACUUUAUCAUCUCAGUAACUAGUGGGUGGUUGGUGGUUGCUCUGUUCCUUCAUUCCUAUCUAAUAGCUUUUGUCUUCAUCUCUCCUCCUUUAUUU